UAAUUAAUGUUCGAAACGCCCUCCCGAUAUCUGAUCAAAGUGUUGACGUGGCACACAAAAAAUAUUUCGGGAAGGGAACUAAACGCCCCCUACAUCAAACACUUGCUGCAAUUCAUGUUUGUGUUCACACGUAAGGCCAGUGGCUUCUUCAACAUGCUCAUGUCAGUGUUCACACAUGAUGCGUCUGCCCUUUUCACUAUUCAGCGUAGAAAAAAGAGUCUUCAGCCUCCUCCCGGUAAUUAUUGCUGCUACUGUUGGCCGCCUACGGCUCCUUUCCCUAGCCUCCUCGAACCCGGCACAACCAUUUCUAGAGCUCCUCUUCGUCUCUGCGCCUUCAGCUCGUCGCCAUUGCCGCAUAAGCUCAUCUGCUCUUCCAAGGUUUCAAAUCUUCCAACUACUAAAGCGCGUCUCCCUUCACUGGAAAGGUUGAGUAGUUCUUCCAUCAGAAGGUGAGUAUUACUGGAAGAGAUCUCAAGACAUUUGCGCCCUCUGAUUUCUAAACAUUUCUAUUAAACUCAUCUUUGGUUUUCAAGGAAUUUCUGUUCACCCGGCAACUGCAUCUCAGACAUUCGCUUUGCUCUCCCUCUCGGAAGUCACUGAGUUCUUCGCAUGAUAUAAAAAGAUCUUGCUCUAUCUACAAAAAGUUAUUUGCGAGAAACUGAUUUGAUCCUCUUUACUGCUGAGGACAAAAUGUCUUACAGCCCAUUGGUUUCACUAACCCCAAAAGAUCGGCUGAAAACAAUUUUUGUCCGUGUCAUACGCAAAUGGGAAUUUAGAGGCAUAAAUGAUGAUGGUCCCCUGCAGCAUAUAGACCUCAUUCUAGCAGACACUCAGGGAAGCGCCAUUUAUGCUGAGAUACCACCUACUGAAGCUGAAAAACAUGGUCGUAUCAUACAACCUUGUCAAAAUUAUAUCAUGAGCAGGUUCAGAAUAUGCAAUGCCAAAGACUAUUACAAAUCUGUUCAAGCUCCCUACAUGCUUGAAUUAACCUGCCAUACACGUGUAUCACACACUGAAGAGCCUGGUUCAUUUCCCAAUUAUGUAUACAACUUGACACCAUUUUCUGAACUGCAACAAUUCGUUGGUGACAGAAAGAAAUUUCAUGAUGUACUCGGAAUACUGAUUGAGGCCGCUGAACCUGAAUGGAUAUCUUUCUCCAAUCAACCUAAACCAAACCUUCGUAGAAAUAUUUUGCUGCGAGAUGCCACCGGUAAUGAGGUACGAGUUUUUCUAUGGGGCCAAAAAGCUUCCGCAUUUAACAUUGACAAUUUAAACGACUCAAGUGGACCUUCACCAACCACAAUUCUGUUAACUGGCUGCCUGGUGAAAACAUUCCAAGGCCAACUUUAUCUGAGCGGCCACUCUGCUUGUCACUGGUAUAUAAAUCCUGAAAUUCCCGAAUCUGAGACUCUGCUCCAAAGUGUCGGGAGCCAAAAUAUUACAGUUCGAAAGACAGGAACGCCUCUGGAGGAUCUUCCAGUUCCUCAGACUCAACAGAACAAAGAACACCUAACUCUUAGGGAGAUGCAAGAUAUUGAUCCUUAUGAAUUCCCAGAAAAAGGUUGUAUGUGUACCGUUACUAUAACUCGCUUGAUAGACGCCUCAACAUGGUGGUUCCCUUCAUGCAAUUUCUGCAACAAGUCAUGUAAGCAAGAAGGUUGUGAUUUCAUCUGUUAUGAAUGUGGGACUACUAAUAAAUUUUCUUACAAGUACAAGCUAAACUUUAUAACCAGUGACGGUACAGAAGAAGCUGAAAUGAUAUGUUUUGGUGAGAUCGGCCGUCGGAUUGUAGGAAAGCCAGUCGAAACAGUUAUGCGCACCCCAAAAGGAAAUGAUUUACUACCUCUAGAUGUUGCCGGCAUUGCCUCUUCCAAAUUCACAUUUACUGUAUUAAUGACUGAAAAGAGCUACCGGGUGCCGAAGAAAAGUUAUCGAAUAACUUCAAUUGUUACCGCCUAUGGAAAGCAAAAGAUCACACCAAGCCUCUCUCAGAAUGCUCCACAAUCAUCUCAGGACAUAGGAACAUCUGAUAAAGAAAUUGCCAAAGUAGAAACUAUCUCUGCAGCAAGUUGUCCUUCAAGCAGUCAGCUGUAUGGUCUCCUUACUCCCACAAAGACGCUCCCUAUACAAUCCAUGCACUUACAGACACCAGAAAAAAGUGUCCUACUAUCUUCCAAGGAUGCUGAUGUACAAGUUGUAGAGGAUGCUGAAGCAACAAAUAAAUCUGCAAAAAAACGUCUGUACACGUCUGUUAUGGAGGCAGAAAAGUCCAAAGUUCCAAAUAAGUCGUCAGACAAAGACAUGCCUGAUAUACCAACUGAACUUGCCAAAAAUGAUGCCGCCAUUCCAAGUCUAUCUACAAAGAUGGCUGAAAAACAAGAGCCAAUCAAUCAGGAAAAGGCAAUUUAUGGCAAAGGAACAAAAUCCAGCAAGAAAUGAUGACUGCUGAGCCUUUUGUCAACCUGCUCAGCUACAUCAGCCUACAAGGAUGCUGCUCACAAAACAGCUCAAACUAUCUGAUGAAACGUUGUUUACUAUAACAACUGAACUUGAGCUGGGUUGCAAUAACUGUCUGCAUCACUUAUGAAGUAUGCAAACGACUAUUAGAACUACUAUUAAUAUGUAUGUGCUGUCCAGUAAUAGAAAUCAGUAGUUAUGUCUGUAUGCUCAAGAACUCUAUAACUAUGCUGCCUAAGUCUAUGUAUCUUGAACAUUUAUCCUC